AUGAAAAAUUCUUGCCAGGGCUGCAAGAGAUACUGGAACCAUCUACAUGGGAAGGUCACUCGUUUCGUCAGGCGGGUGAGCAAAAGUUCAAGACAUUGCAUGGUCAUACCAGAGAGGUUUGCAAACCAUUUCGCAGGGAAAAUGUCACGGACCGUCAAACUAGAAGGCCCUAAUGGUAUUCUGCAUGAUGUUGGAGUUACUGAGCACAGGAAUAGAAAAGUCCUCCAAUCUGGAUGGGAGGUGUUUGUUGAUGCCAAUGACAUAGUAGAGAAAGACUCGUUGAUGUUCCGAUACCGUGGAAGUUCUCGCUUCAAGGUUGUGGUCUUUGAUUCUAGUGGUUGUGAGAAAACGGUGUCCUGUUUUGGCAUAGGGAGCACUAUGAGUGAUCAAGAACCAAUCGCAAAUUCUACAGAAAUGUCAGGUAGUUCCAGCGAUCGUUAUACUCACUCGUCAAUGGGUCAGCAAUCAGAUGGAUGCCAAAGUGAAAGCUCAGGACAUUGUAGAAAACUGGCAUGGACAGACGCAGCAUCGUCUCCAUCUGAGGAUUUGCCAGGAGAAGACAGUCCUUAUGAGCACGAGUCUUCUGGAUCGGAUGAUCACACACUCCCAAAGAUGAUCUUAACAGUGCGUGUUAAGGAGGAACAAUAUUCUGAUGGACCUCCAAAAGAUAAGUAUGUGCUGUCAAGUAGGAGUAAUUUGGCUGAUGCACAAAAAGAGAAAAUAGAUAAGCUUCUCCAGGACAUUCAAUCCAGAACUCUUGCAUUCGUGGCUAUCAUGAGGAAGUCCAAUGUCCAACCACCGUAUCCUUCUCUGGUAAAUUUCCCGAGUUCUUUUUCAGCACACUACAAUCCUCUCUAG